AAAGAGUCAAAGACCUUCCUUCAAACUUUCCAACGAUCUGCAUCGGUCCGUUCCGGUUUAGUAGAUACAGUUAGAUCCCUAAAAAUACCAAACUCUCUUCCAGAACCUCGCUCGACCAGAGCAAGGACGAAACCAUGGCGUUUCUAGGCAUUGAUUUUGGUUGCGCAAUUGGAUCUCUCCGCCACGGCCAGUUCCCUGAGAAGGACUGCUUGCUUCCUCUCAUCUCCAAGCUCCUCGGCUACGCCAUCGUCGCUGCCUCCACUACUGUCAAACUCCCUCAGAUAUUGAUCAUCUUGAAGCACAAAAGUGUGAGAGGGCUGAGUGUUGUUGCCUUCGAGUUAGAAGCGAUUGGAUACACGAUUGCUCUUGCAUAUUGUCUUCAUAAAGGCUUGCCAUUUUCAGCUUAUGGGGAAUAUGUGUUUCUCUUGAUCCAAGCGAUAGUCUUAGUUGCUGUUAUCUACUACUUUUCACAACCUGUUGGGGCAACGACAUGGAUCAAGGCAUUAAUAUUUUCUGCGAUAGCACCAACUAUUUUAGCUGGUCGAAUUGAUCCCAUGCUUUUCGAAGCUCUAUAUGCGUCGCAGCAUGCUAUUUUCCUCUGUGCAAGAAUUCCACAAAUAUGGGCCAACUUUUCUAACAAAAGCACUGGGGAGCUGAGCUUCCUAACCUUUUUCAUGAACUUUGCCGGCUCUAUGGGUGAGCGAGUCGUGAGAGUAUUCACCAGCCUGCAGGAAAAAGCACCAAUGAGCGUUGUUACGGGCUCUGCGCUUGGCGUGCUGAUGAAUGGAACUAUCCUGAGUCAAAUACUCAUGUACAAAAAGCCACAACCGAAAAGAGAGAAGAAACAGCAGUAGAGAAGUUCUUUGAUGCAGGGUAAUGCAGUUGUGAUUUGGUGAAAUUGAGAAGGGCGGUUUCUAUACGAAUACAUGUCAGCAGAAAUCAUAGUGGAAAAUCUUCACAGUUAUGGUUGAAUUUAUUUGGCAAUUUCAUGUUGUAGCAACAAAAGGGUUUAACAGAUUAUCAGUAG